GCCCCACGGAGCUUCUGCCAGGAAAUUCCGUCUGUAGUUCGUUCCCGGUGGGGAUAGUACCCAAUCCCCACCCCAAAAACAGAGGGGUUGCUUGUUACGUGGGAGGGACGAAGAGAGGUGAGAAGGGAUUCCGGCGCGCACGCGAGAACGGUCACGGGGAGCUACGCAGGGAGAUUUCCGGCGACGGGAAGCAACUCAGGCAGGAGAGAAACACGUUGGAGCAGGUAAAUGAUCAGACAGCUGUGAUCUUGCCACGGAGUAGAUUUUCUUGUGGAACAGCUCGUUUAUGAUGGGGCACACUGGAUGAACGGUCUGGAUCACAACAAAGAGGCCACACUAACUUCAUCUCUUCGCAGUAAAGUAACAUCAUUGUGCUUGAAAGCUAUUUGCAAACAUGGGAUUGACUGGCUUGAGGCCUAGUUCUACAAAGAAAGAACUUUCAAAAAGCAACAAGCGCAAACUUGACAAGAAGCUUCACUUCUAUUCUAAGGUCAGAGAUACUGUUGCUGCUUUAGGUGCGAAGAAGGCAAUCAGCAAGAAGAAAGGACUAAGAAGCCGUCAGAAAAAAUUGAAGGCUUAUGAUCUCUCUACUCUAUCAGAGUUUCUUCCCUCAGUGUCAGAUGCUUCUCAGCGACGGCCUCUGCAUGAAAAAAAUUUGAAACUGAACCACAAAUCUAGGCAGAAGCUAGUAGAGAAGGAAGGCAACCAGUUGAGAGCAGUCCUUAACCACCCUGUUUUCCAAUCCGACCCACUAUCUGCCAUUCAUCAGCAUCUUGCAAGCACACAACCUUUGCCAGUAAGCAGCCAGGAGAAACGUUCAGGCAAGACGGACAAAAAGAAGAAGAGAAAACGUUCCAAGGUUUCAUCAGGUGGUCAAUCAAUGGAAACCUAGCUAUGAGUUUGCAUCUUUUUGGCAUUUCAAGUUAGCCUAUCUUCAAAUCAAUAUGAAUGGAUGCGUGGUAAGCUGUUGAAACAAAAGGUCUGUUCUUUACCGUUUUGUGCAAUGGUCAUGCUUUUGAUUAGAGAGAAGAAAAAGAAAGAACAAAAAGCUUUAUUGAAGAAAUCUCACUACAAAACACCAUUUAAAAAUACUAACAUCUGGAGAAAUUUAGAGAAUUAAAUAUAAAUGAAGAAUUAUAUGA